CGCAACACCACACCUUUUUCCUUUCUGUCAAUCUUCCCUCGUGCCUUGAUUUCCUUCUUCGCCUACCCGUUCAAUUGCCGUAUUUGCCAUAGAUCCCAUAUUUGGUUGCCUCAAAAUGGACCCCAAGAACCUUCAGAAGCAACGGGAGCCAGAGGAGCCGCGCUUUCUCAGUUUUCCACAUCUUCCAGACGAUGCGAAAAAUGAAAAUGGCCAACCAGCACUCAACAAGUACUCGUCCACGCUCACCACGGGCCAUAACUUCCCUGGAGCACAGGCCAUGCUCUAUGCCGCUGGGGUACCCUCACGAGAAGCAAUGAAGACGCAGCCUCAUGUUGGUAUAGCAUCUGUUUGGUGGGAAGGCAAUCCAUGCAACAUGCACUUGCUGGACCUGGGGAAGGAGAUCAAAAAGCAUGUUCAAAACGAUAAUAUGCUUGCGUGGCAGUACAACACCGUUGGUGUCUCGGAUGGCAUCACAAUGGGUGGUGAAGGAAUGCGCUUCUCUCUCCAAACGCGUGAAAUAAUAGCCGAUAGCAUUGAGACCGUUACAUGCGCUCAGCACCACGACGCCUGCAUAGCGAUUCCGGGUUGUGACAAGAAUAUGCCUGGAGUCAUUAUGGCAUUUGCAAGACACAACCGCCCUUCCCUCAUGGUUUAUGGCGGUUCCAUAAUUCCAGGCUACUCAGAGACACUCAAGAAGCCCAUCAAUAUCUCUACCUGCUAUGAGAGCCACGGCGCAUACAUAUACAAAAACUUGAAGAGCGCGAGCGAUGGUAAAUUCUCACCAGAUGAGAUCAUGGAAGACAUUGAGAGAAAUGCAUGCCCCGGCGCAGGCGCUUGUGGUGGCAUGUACACGGCAAACACUAUGUCUACAUCGAUUGAAGCAAUGGGCCUUACUCUACCCAACUCGUCCACCACGCCUGCGACCUCUCCUGCCAAGAUGCGCGAAUGCGCCAAAGCUGCUGCUGCCAUCCGUGUGUGCAUGGAAAAGAACAUUACACCUCGUAAACUCCUCACAAAGGCAUCUUUCGAAAACGCCCUUGUCAUGAUGAUGGUGCUGGGUGGUUCCACAAAUGCUGUCCUACAUCUUCUCGCUAUGGCCGGCACAGCGGGUGUCCCUUUAACUCUCGACGAUUUCCAACGUGUCUCAAACAAAAUACCAUUCCUCGCUGAUCUAGCUCCCAGCGGUCGCUACAUGGCAGCCGAUCUCUUUGACAUUGGCGGCAUGCCCUCUGUUAUGAAAUUGCUCGUCGCCGCUAAGCUGCUCGAUGGUUCCAUUCUCACUGUGACCGGAAAGACACUUGCGGAAAACAUUGAAGGAUACCCAUCUCUGCCCCAAGACCAAACCCUCAUCCGCCCUCUAAGCAACCCAAUCAAACCCACUGGCCAUAUCGAGAUUCUCCGCGGUAACCUCGCACCCUCUGGGGCAGUAGCAAAGAUUACAGGAAAAGAAGGCUUGAAGUUCACGGGCAAAGCCAUUGUAUUCAACAAAGAGCACGAGCUGGACAGCGCGCUCAACCAAGGCCAGAUUCCACACGGCGAGAAUGUUGUAGUAGUAGUGCGCUAUGAAGGACCCAAAGGCGGCCCCGGAAUGCCGGAACAACUCAAAGCUUCCGCUGCCAUCAUGGGUGCCAAGCUGACCAAUGUCGCCUUAAUCACGGACGGUAGGUAUUCUGGCGCGUCCCAUGGUUUUAUCGUGGGUCAUAUCUGCCCUGAGGCGGCUGUAGGCGGUCCCAUUGCGGUUGUGCAGAAUGGUGACAUGAUCACAAUUGAUGCGGAAAAGAACAGGAUAGACAUGGAUGUCAGCGAUGAGGAGAUUGAGAAGAGGCUGAAGGCAUGGGUGCCGCCUAGCAUGCCGGUUACGAGGGGCGUGCUGGCCAAGUAUGCCAGGCUAGUGGGCGAUGCUAGUCACGGCGCCAUGACUGACCUUUUUUAAGCCAUGUCAGUCGUGGUCGCGUCGGUAUCCGUAGAAAUCUCAUAACCUAAAAACGUUAAUGCAGUUUUAUCUCUUGCGUAGAUCGAACUACGAAAAGACGAAGGAAAAGGUUGUAAUUUUUGAGCAACUAUAGCAAUAGGCAAGGCCAUCGUCAUGAUUGUCAUUUCACUGCAAAUUGAAUAAAGAGAGCACCAGACAAGAGUGAGGGGUAUCAUGUUGCUUUUCAGGCCCAAGCCCAGUGUCAUUGGUUGUCCUAGGCUAAAAGCAGGCCCAGCGAAGUCAUGUCUUCAACGCCAUAAGCCGUAAAACCGUGUAGAUCCGUAACCGCCCCGCAAUCAAAUGCUUAGAACAGCCGUGUUUUUU